UCGGUUUGUCCUCCGCUCCGUUCGCUUGUUAAAGUCUGAACAGCUGAUUCGGGGUCAGUCAUUUGUAUGCGACUCUUGUACCUCAGCGUCAGCUUGCGUGAACCGACGGCGUCGAGGAAUCAUGACGGCCGCUCUUAGCAGGGCCCUUAGUUUAACAGGACUCCUCGGUUUAAAGAGUUUCAGGUGUGGGGCGGUCAGGUCGAUAUGUGUCAGUACGUGUCAUCAUGUCCAACGGCCCUGCGGUGUGUCCGGUUCAGCGCUGUCACACACCAGCUCACCGCAGUUCAGGACGUGCAGAGCAGCACCAUGUGUGUCUUUUCUGAGUAUACGGCCUCUGUCCUCUCUUACCCCGCCACCCUCGUCUAAAAGAGACAAAUCCAGCAACAAGAAGAGCGGCCCAGUUACAUGGAAGUCUCUUGCUGUCACGUUUGCGUUGGGAGGCGGUCUUCUUCUAGGGAUGAAGUACUUCAAGAGAGAAAAAGAGCAAAUGAUUGAGAGAGAACGAACAAAGUCGAUGGGAAAAGCGGCGCUCGGAGGUCCUUUCUCACUCGUCGACCACAACCAUAAACCCACAAAGAGCGAAGAUUUCCUCGGCCGGUGGCUGCUGAUCUAUUUCGGUUUCACACACUGUCCGGACAUCUGUCCUGAUGAACUGGAGAAAAUGAUUGAGGCUGUCGAUGAGAUCGAUGAAAUUAAAACGAUUCCAGACAUAACACCACUUCUGAUCAGCAUCGAUCCUGACAGAGACACACCAGAAGCACUGGCAGCCUAUGUCAAAGAAUUUUCCCCCAAGCUGAUCGGUCUGACAGGCACGGCUGCCCAGAUUGAGCAGGUCUCCAGAGCCUACAGAGUCUACUACAGCCAGGGCCCAAAAGAUGAGGACAACGACUACAUUGUUGAUCACACCAUCAUAAUGUAUCUGGUGGGACCUGAUGGCCAGUUUCUUGAAUAUUUUGGACAGAACAAGAAAUCCUCUGAGAUCUCGUCAUCCAUCGCUGCCCACAUGAGGAAGUACAAGUAUGGCAAAUGAGUGACAGGCUUUGUUUCACAACAUUAGAGCGCUUAUUUCUGUCUCAGAAUACCAUCAUUUCUCCGUUAAAGUGCAAUUCUAAUUUAAGAAAUCAAAGACUUUUGCAGCAUUCCCCAUUUCUUUUCAGUCCAACAUUUCUCGACCCUUGUUUUUAGUUUCGAUGGAUAGCAUUGAUGUUCAACUUUAAUAAAUUAUGCUCUGAUUUUUCAAA